AUAUGUUUUGAUUUUCUAUUUGAGCUUUCUCUUAUUUUCGAUUAAAUGUUAUUUCUUGUUACAGAUAAAGUUUUCGUCACCGUAAUUUAUUACUCUGGAGCUGCCACAUUGAAGCACGAGUUUGAGAAUUUGUCAGUGAAAUACCUUCGCACCAAAUUGGACAGAGGAAGACUGAAAUAUUAGUAAGCAUUGCCUGUAUAUGAGGAUAUGGAAUCAACUGCCGAUAUUCGAAUGAUAGUUCAAGUUGUUCGACCUCAUCUACCAAAAACUUCGUAUGUUAUAUUUGGGACCAUCUGCAGAUAUGGUGUCCGCGAAGUUAGUGCUCAAGGCGGCAAAGAUUUCGUCACCGUAACAUAUCACCUUAAGGCUCACAUCGAAACAGAAGUUUUUGAAUUUGUCGGUGCGACACCUUCGCACCAAACUAGACAAAGAUGAAGACCUUGAAUUAUUAUAAAGUAUUGUCUGUAGGUGUAAGUUUGAUUUACUGCCUGAAGAGAUGAAAUCAGCAGCCGAUAUUUGAAUGGUUGUUCAAUGUUUUCGACCUCAUCUACCAAAAAC